AUGGAGUGUCAGCCGAGGUCGUGCCACAAGCACACGCUGCUCCAGAUGUGGUGUGGUCUCCUCACCGUUUCCAUGGUGAUCAUGGCAGCUUUCCUGGCGUCACUCAGGCCGGAGUCGGAGGAGGUCAGCAUCACGGCGGUGUCACGCAAACCGUGGCAGCAUCACCCCAACUACCUGGAUCUGUUAGUGGGAUCAAACAUCCGAUUGUUGGACUGGACGGACGUGACAACGUCGGUGGGAGCUGGGGACGAGGACAAGAACGGCGUCUCGGCGCUGAAGCUGGACGGCGGCAACCAGACAGCCGCCUCCCAGAAGCACUUUCUGAAGUCCGAUGGAACCUCCUACAUCGAGCUGGUCAAAUCUCUGGACGGCGGCUCCUGGGACCCGCCACUCCGAUGCGAGCGCUGCUCCCUCCUGCUGCUCAACAACUCCAUCCACAGCACGGCGCGCAGCGUCUACUUCGUCUACGCCCAGGUCAGCGUCAGCGUCAGGAAACAACACCAGGCCAAAUCCGUGGCCCUGGUCAGGGACGCCACGCCCUAUAAGAAGGCCAAGACGCUGGUGAAGGUGCCGACCGUGGCGGGGGGCUCGGUGUGGCUGGGCAAGAUGGUCCGGCUGGCCAAGGGAGACAGCGUCAGCCUGAACAUCGCCGGAGAAUUCCAGCGGGAUGACACCUACUGGGGAGCCUUCCAACUGCACUAGCGCCGUGGUCCGGCUGGACCCGGUCUGCGUUCCAAACCGAGUCUUGGGCUGCGUCCGAA